CUGUGAGGCGGGUGGAGGGAGUGUCUGCUGGGUGUAUGAGUUGGCUGACGUCUUGUUGGUGUGAAUGAGCUGAAAACACACACACGUACACACACACACACUUGGUCUGACAACAGCUCGGCAGGCGAGACGAUCACGGGAAACGGAGGAACAGUUUUCUUUUAUAUCUUCUUCCCGCUUCCUUCCCCCCUUCCAUCUUUAUGACUUCGUGAAGACGAAAGCAACUCGGCCAUGGAGAGCUCCGUCGAGGCUUCCAAGACUAGGGUCAUGUCGAAACCCAAGCCACCGCUGGCCCCCAAACCUGGCCUCGCUCCCAAGCCCUUCUCUUUGCAGAAGAAUACCACCAUCCGCUCCAUUCAUGCCCCAAAGACGCUCCCCGCUACGUCGAAAAUUCAAAACUCAGAGCCUUUGACCCCUCGUGCUCAAAAAACAUCUCAGCCGGCUGUCACCUCAAAUGCCAAACCAGGCUCUCAAAGUGAGCUUCCCAAAAGUCACCCAACAACAACCAAAGCUAGUGAAGCAGGUAAAGAGGAAACUCGUGACUCUAGUGUAGGAAAAACAGCCUCACAAACCAGUCGGCCCGAAGAGACAAAGAAAACUGAGCUCGUCCAGAAAGACAUCAUCCAAACAAACGACAAAGCUUCUGGAGAUGUUGCAACUAAUUCAGAGCAGAACAACGGAAAAGCGAAGGAAGAUGAAGCUCGAGCUUCUGUUGUCAAAAUGCGGAAUCACUCAGGUAGCGAUGGAGCCUCUUCAACCGAUGAAACAUUUAGUUGGGGUGGUGCUAGGAAGCGUCUGUCCAUGGAGCUCACCUCGAAGUUUGAGUCAGGCGGUCUUUCUCUGCCCCCCCAGCCUACCAUAGCUAUCUCCACACACAACACCAAACGUGAUUCAAAUAAGCCAGCAUCUCCUGCUCCAGAGCAGAAGCAGGCAUCUCCAGAGCCGAAGCAGGCAUCUCCGGAGCCGAAGCAGGCAUCGCCGGAGCAGAAGCAGGCAUCUCCGGAGCCGAAGCAGGCAUCGCCGGAGCAGAAGCAGGCAUCGCCGGAGCCGAAGCAGGCAUCGCCGGAGCGGAAGCAGGCAUCGCCGGAGCAGAAACAGGCAUCUCCGGAGCCGAAGCAGGCAUCGCCGGAGCAGAAGCAGGCAUCUCCGGAGCAGAAGCAGGCAUCGCCGGAGCAGAAGCAGGCAUCUCCAGAGCAGAAGCAGGCAUCUCCAGAGCCGAAGCAGGCAUCUCCGGAGCCGAAGCAGGCAUCGCCGGAGCAGAAGCAGGCAUCUCCGGAGCCGAAGCAGGCAUCGCCGGAGCAGAAGCAGGCAUCUCCGGAGCCGAAGCAGGCAUCUCCGGAGCCGAAGCAGGCAUCUCCGGAGCCGAAGCAGGCAUCGCCGGAGCAGAAACAGGCAUCUCCGGAGCAGAAGCAGGCAUCGCCGGAGCAGAAGCAGGCAUCGCCGGAGCCGAAGCAGGCAUCUCCGGAGCCGAAGCAGGCAUCUCCGGAGCAGAAACAGGCAUCUCCGGAGCAGAAGCAGGCAUCGCCGGAGCAGAAGCAGGCAUCUUCGGAGCCGAAGCAGGCAUCUCCGGAGCCGAAGCAGGCAUCUCCGGAGCCGAAGCAGGCAUCUCCGGAGCCGAAGCAGGCAUCUCCGGAGCCGAAGCAGGCAUCGCCGGAGCCGAAGCAGGCAUCUCCGGAGCCUUCAAACAGAGAGAGCGAUGACGGUGGAGUGAAAGAGGACUACACCGGGGGAAACAGCAUUAAAAACAGAAUCAGUCAACUGUUUGACUCUGCGUCGAGGCCGGAGGCCAUGCCGAAGAGGGAUGAACCGGAAAUCUUAACCGGUAUAGGAGGGGUGAAGGAGCGCAUCAAAAAUUGGGCUGCAGAAACAACUUCUGAGGGUCCAAAGAUGGAGAAGAAGCCUCCGGCUACAUCCCGAGCACGCUCCAGAAGCUUUGAGCCCGCAACUUCUCCAACAGAAGUGAAAACACCAAAAACUUCAAAUCUCAGACUUUCUGCCGAAGAAAUGCCGCAGAGUCCGACUGUGGACCCCCCGUCAAAGGUCUCUCCUGUUGAACAACCAACAAAGUCCCCAACAGAAAUGCUAAAAGGUGUUCGAACUGAAAAGAAAUCAUCGGAAAGUGCUGCAGAGAGCCCACAAGAGGCGAACAAAUCAACAGAGGUUGACGUCCAGUUGCGCACCCCUAACUUGAGUGAAGAUGUACCAAAGAGGGACAAUGUCAAACGUCGCUCUGUUCGCUUUGGCACCGUGCAGAGUGAUGAUGGUGGGCCUCCACUGAUCCUAGGCUCGGAUUCUGAUUCUGACACUGAAGAUGAAGAAGAAGGAGAAGAAGAAGAAGGAGAAGAAGAAGAAGGAGAAGAAGAAGAAGAAGAAGAAGAAGAGGAGGAGGAGGAGAGUCCUGGAGUUACAGCUGAAAAGAAAGUCCCUGAUUUAGUGCCUGUCUAUAAAAGAGUAGGAAUUUUUCAGAAAAAACAUGAUGAGAGUCAACAGCAAGAAGAAGAAAGACUGAAACAUCUGAAAUUUGAAGAACAGCGGCGAGCAGAGGAGACGGAACAAGCAAGGCUUCAGCUAGAACAGGAGCAGAAAAGAGUGGAAGAAGAGAAGGAAAAAGAAAGGGAAAGACAGAGGGAAGAGCUCAGGCUUAAGGAAGAGGAGAGGGCAAGGCAGAAAGAGGAGCAAAUUAAACAAGAGAUGGAGGAGAAGGAAAGGGAGAGGCUAAAGGAAGAGGAGAGACUGAGGAAGGAAAGAGAAAGACAGAGACUAAAAGAAGCGCAAGAGAGAGAUAAAGAGCUAAAGCUGAAACAGGAGGAGGAUGAAGAGAGAAAAAGAAGGGAACAGGAGAGGAAAAUCCAGCAGGAGAAAGAGGCAGAGAUGGAGAGGAAGAGGCUGUUAGAAAAACAGAAAGAAGAGGAGAGAAAGGAAGAGGAAAGAAAGAUGAAGAUUGAGAAAGAAAAAAUGGAGCUGGAAAUGAAAAUCCAGCAGGAGAAAGAGGCAGAGAUGGAGAGGAAGAGGCUGUUAGAAAAACAGAAAGAAGAGGAGAGAAGGGAAGAGGAAAGAAAGAUGAAGAUUGAGAAAGAAAAAAUGGAGCUGGAAAUGAAAAUCCAGCAGGAGAAAGAGGCAGAGAUGGAGAGGAAGAGGCUGUUAGAAAAACAGAAAGAAGAGGAGAGAAGGGAAGAGGAAAGAAAGAGGAAGAUUGAGAAAGAAAAACUGGAGCUGGAAAUGAAAAUCCAGCAGGAGAAAGAGGCAGAGAUGGAGAGGAAGAGGCUGUUAGAAAAACAGAAAGAAGAGGAGAGAAAGGAAGAGGAAAGGAGGCAGAUUGAGAAGGAAAAACUGGAGUUGGAGAUGAAAAUCCAGCAGGAAAAAGAGGCAGAGAUGGAGAGGAAGAGGCUCAUAGAAAAACAGAAAGAAGAGGAGAGAAGGGAAGAGGAAAGAAAGAGGAAGAUUGAGAAAGAAAAACUGGAGCUGGAAAUGAAAAUCCAGCAGGAGAAAGAGGCAGAGAUGGAGAGGAAGAGGCUGUUAGAAAAACAGAAAGGAGAAAGAGGCAGAGAUGGAGAGGAAGAGGCUAGAAAGAGGAAGAUUGAGAAAGAAAAACUGGAGUUGGAGAUGAAAAUCCAGCAGGAAAAAGAGGCAGAGAUGGAGAGGAAGAGGCUCAUAGAAAAACAGAAAGAAGAGGAGAGAAGGGAAGAGGAAAGAAAGAUGAAGAUUGAGAAAGAAAGACUAGAGAAGCAGGAGCAGGAGAGAAAAAUGCAAGAGGAACUGGAAAGAAGGCAGGCAGACCAACUCAAAGAAAAGCAAAGACUAGAGGACGAGAGAGAAACAAAGCAAUCUGGGUUGAACAACAUGCAAGAGGAGAGUUUGGUGCGCAGAUCAAAGCCUCAUCUAAACUAUUUUGAAUCUGAAGAUUGGCCUCAGGAGUCAAAAUCACCACAUUCCCCCUCACCAAACACCUCUGGGCCCACAGAGAAUCUGAUGGAUGUGGUUUAUGAUGACUUCUCGGUCAAACAGAAUCCGAUCAACAUAGAAUUUGAUGAUUUUUCAGUCAAACCGAUAAAAGUGAUCUCACGGCGUAUAACAGAAAGCAGUCCAGUUUUCCGUAGUUGGGAUGACUUUCUGGAUAUAGAGGAAGUGAAGGGACUGGUGCCUGUGGACGUCAAAACUGAGAGAGCCAAGGAAGACAAAAUGGAAAAACCAGAGCAGUGUCCGAAUACACCUCCUUUGCAGGAGAGAGAAUGGGUGGAGGAGAUAAAAGAUGAGCCAGAAGAGGAGCAGCUCAUCUCUCUAGACGUGAAGAAAGAGGAGCAGCUCAUCUCUGUAGAUGUAAAGAAAGAGGAGCAGCUCAUCUCUCUAGACAUGAAGAAAGAGGAGAAGCUCAUCUCUGUAGAUGUAAAGAAAGAGGAGCAGCUCAUCUCUCUAGAUGUGGAGGAGGAGGAAGAGGAGAAGGAGACAGAAACCGAGGAUGAGGACGAGAUGGAAGAAGACAACCAAGAGGAUCAGACCAACAGUUUCUCCACAAAAAAUGAAGACAAGGACACCGAUGCUUUGAUAGACUUUGGCCUUAUUCAUGACCAGCAGGAUCCAGUCUGGGAACAAACACCUGAAAGAAACAGUCCACAGCCAGUCCCUGACGAAGUACCUGAAGUCUCAUCUGAAGACACCGCCGAUGAUCUGAAAGAGCCAGAGUUUGCCCCUUUUCCCGAGAGCUCCACUCCUCUCCUUGACACCAGUGCACAAAGAUCCAAGGCGGAUCUGGGAAAGAGGCGUAUUCGAACACGUCCAUCACGCAGGCUGACCGCAGGGUUAGCUCAGACGGAAACACAGGAUUGGGGGACCCAGGACUCCACAGUUGAAAAAGAGACCGUUGCAAAAGAAAGGGAGUCAGAUUCUGAGGAAGAACAGCCUAAACCCAAGGUAGUCUGUUCCCCGUCCCAGCGAGUGCCAGUGUUUCCUGGUAUGAGUCCUGCAGGCUUGCUUGCUCAACUUAAAAGGAAAACAGGUGGUGGAGGAACUGCAGUGAAAGAGGAAACCGUAGAAAGCAAAGCUAGCGAAGAGAAGGAACAUCAAGAUGAAGAAGUGGCACCAUCUUCCGUGGAGCUCUCACAUUCUCCUCGCACGCCUGCCCGUCUGGCUGGAGCUACACGGGUGCUGCCACUCAUAGGCAACAAAGAAGAAGGUGGUGCCUCCUCGCCUGCUUGGCUGAAAGAGCUGAAAUCUAAGAAGCGUAUGAGUCAGCACGGCAGUGACGCUUAGCCAGACUGAGGAAACACCGUGCCAUUGCCAUUGAGCUCAGCUGCUGCUGCCGGCAGACAUGACCGCUCCAUCGUGUGCCCAGAGUGCCUUAUUUUGUACCUUCACUGGGAUGUUCACUUUUGCUGAACGCGCCUUUGAAAUUGAAUAUAAUGCCAAGUCUACGUGCCUGUGAUGUUUUAAUGCCAAGUACAUGUUAUAUGAAAUGUUGUUUAAGAAGCUCAGUGGAGAGCAAAUACCCCAGUGUCAUUUGGAGCAAAGUCAUGGACUGUCUGCCUGGAUUGUGUAAAUUUGUAAGACUGUCAUGUACUGACAGGGACUGAUGACACUAGGCCUUUAGCAGGAUAUCUACAUUCACACACACGCAGGCCUUUUUAUAGUUGUGAGGACACUCGUUGAUCACAUUGCCUACCCGCUCUCCCAACCCAACUCUUGUCAUGUUCUAAAUCCAAUUUUAACCGUAUCAUUAUCAUCAAGUGUGAACCCUCGAAGAGACCUUUGAGGCUCUGGAUCCUCACAAUGCAGAAGUUCCCUCACUGUGAUUUAGAAUUUUUUUUUUUUUAUCCUCAUAAACACAGAAAUACACGGAUGAGGAAACACAUGUGUACAGAAUUACGAAAUAUAAAUAAUGCACCUUGUGUGUAUUUAGUUUUAAUUGUACAAAAAUGCCUUUUAUAUUGUUUAACCGAUCACAAAGCAUCUCAAGUAAGGCUUGAAGCACUUUAAGAAAAGUUCUAGCAAAUUACCGUCCAAACAGCAGUAGAGUAAAAACUGUAGUGACAGAAUCCCGGGAUUUUUUUGUGCCUUCUUCAUUUUGUUACAUCAUUAGUGUCUAUCUACUUUUUAAAACAAGAUCUCACAAGGCUUAAUUAAGUACUGCCUGAUUUGUUUAACCCACCCACUAGCUGGUUAGAGCGUCAACAGUGGGCUGAGAGGAUAUUUCUGGGGUGCAAUAACAGAGUCAGAAAAAAAAUGUUUAAAGGAGAAAAAUGCAAUAAUGUGCUGGAGGUUUUAUGUGCCUUUUUAAUGUUUAAGAAUGAAUGUCAUCAAAAUGGAAUUCAUUAUUGAUCAACUUACUGUAUGUUAGUGGGAAAUUGGGGGAAUUUUAUUAAAAUGUUUUCUAUGAAAUGAA